AUGCCAUUAAAUCUAAUACAUACGGUGGAUAAAGAAGAGCCAUAUAAUUAUAAUCAACUACGUUAUGAAAUUAUUGGUAAUAAAGAUCUUAAGUUUAAAUUAUUUAAUGAUGUAAUAUUUAUAAAUACUAUAGUUAAUGAUUUUAAAGAACUUGUUGAGAAUUUAUUAAAGACUGAUAAAGUAGAGGAAAAACUAUUGGGGAACCUAGAAGAAUUAGCGGUCAUUUUGAAUAUCCUAACGUCAUUUGCUUUAGAGGUGGUAAGUUUGAAUAAUGAAGAAAUAACAAAAUCUAUUCAAAUAUUGGAACAAAUAUUAAAUCCCUUAUGUUUAUUAUUAAAUCAUUUUGUUGAAAAAAUUAUACGCGAAAUCCAGGAACUGAACAUUAGUUACAAUUUCAAAGUAGAAGCAAUAAUAAGGUAUAGUCUCGAUAUGAUAGUAGGAUUAUCAAAUUUAGGUCAUUCGCAAAUUGAUUCAACUAUAUUAUGGAGGUAUAUUAAUUUACUAAUAAUUUAUAUUAAUGAAGACCAAGUUAGUAAUAUAAUCAAAUCAUCACUAGUGGUGAAACUGUUAAGAUUGAUACCCAUUUUAUUAUCAUCAAAAAAUGUACAAUUGAGUCAAGAUUAUAUAAUAACUUUAUUAUUAAAUUUAUUUGGUAAGCUAGAAUAUUAUUGCAUGACGAUAGUUUGUCUACAUUUGGAUAUAGGAGAAGAGAAGCUACAUCGGUUAGCAUAUGAAAGUGACCGUUUGCCCAAUAUUGAUUUAAAAGUUAAUCAAAUUGUUGAUUUAAAAAUAAUGAUUGAAUUAAUUACUUGCAUUUCGCAAAUCUUGAGUUUUAUCAAGACAAAAGAUUAUCAUGAUCCAUUAACUUUUCAAUAUUAUUCACAAGAAUUGAUACUAUUAACCACUUCAGAUUCUUCUCCAGCAAUAUCGAUAACAGAAAUAUUUGUGACAUUAUUAAUACUAUUAAAAGUAAGUUCAAAAAAAGUGGGAGUUUCAAUAAUCAAUUUGUUGACUUUAUUACUAGAACAUUUAAGUAUGGAUCAAAUAUUGGAUGAACCACUAUUGCACAGAAAUUAUGAAAAAUUAUUCCCCAAACUAGUAAAUUUAUUGGAUUUAGAUGUUGAUUAUGAUGGAAAUAUUGAAGAGAAAAAUUCACCCUCCAAAACCCAGAAAACCACUCACAAAAGAUAUUUUGAUGAUACAUUAACUUUCAAUGCUCCCAUAUAUUUGAAAUCAGCAGCAAGGAUAUUGGCAGAUUUAUGUACUCAAUAUCCAGUCAUUACACAACAAAUAAGUGACACAAAUAUUGAUAAUAAACUACUCGUCAAAUUAAGUCAUUGUUUUAAAAGUAGUACUUUGAUAAAAAAGUUGAAAGCUUUAAAACUUAAAUCUAAACAUGGAACUGUUUUAGUUGAUUUUACUUCAGUGAAAGUCAAUAAUGCUUGUGAUUUAGAAAUUGCUGAUUUACUUUUAUUAUUAAGUGUAUACACGAGUGAUAGUGAAGAAUCAAGACAUAGAUUAUUAAAUAGUACACAAUCAUUUGAUAUUGAUUUACCAGAAAUUAUAUUUGAAAUCAUUGAUAAUUAUCAUUUCCUUUGUAAUCAAGUUCAAUUAACAUACAAAAUAAUAUCACCAAGGAAUAAAAAGGAAUUUUCAAGACAACAUCUAUCAUGGUUUGGUAAAAAUUUAGGCGUUAUUUGUGCAUUAGAAGAUUCACCAAUAUACACAAAUUGUUUUUAUUUCAUUAGAUCAAAUUCAAGAUCAGUUGCUGCAUUGAGAACAUUUUUUGUUGAAUGUAAUGAAUUUAAGAGCUUUUUACUGAAAACAAAUAGAGAAGGGCUUUCUGUAACUACUUCUGAUUUAGCAACUAUAUUAUCACCAGAACAACCAACUAUGAGACCAAGAAUAGAUUUAGAUUCAAAUGCUGCAACAACUUCAGAUGCUUUACUGGGUUCAUCACCAGGAGGAUUUGUAACUAAUAUUUUGGAAAUAAUCAGGCUUUAUGAAAGUCUUGAUCAGAAAUUAAAUUUUUUCUUUCAAUUAAAUAAUAAUGAUGCACUUGAAGUUAGAUUAUUUAAAAAGAAUUUUAUGACAAAUAAAGCAAUAUGUAUUAGUCUAUUAGCAAAUUUUAUCCUUGAUUUUAGUUCAUUCAGGUACAAGAUUGUUAGUUAUGAGAACUUUUUAUCAAGUUUGUCUACAAUUUAUCAAAGAUCGUCUGAAAUAUCUGGUAAGCAAGUCACAGCAGAAGAAAUCUUUGAAAAUAAUGUUAUUCAGUUGAAAAUUUUACAAGUCAUCAAAAACUUUAUGUUUAAUGAAGCUUCAGAAAACAAAAAAGAAGUUUUGAAUUACUUUCCAGUUAGUUUUAUAUUCCAAAAAGCAAAUCAUGGAAUUGUACAUGAAAAUAUUAAGAAAUCAAAUAUUGAAAUUGAUCUGUUAAAGGUCAAUCAGAAAAUCGUUGCAUUUGAAAUUUUAAGAAACUUUACUGCUGGUUCACCUUCUUUCACUCAAAUUUUAAGAGAAGCUUAUGUAACUGAUUAUUGGGAAAAUGAGAAGUAUGAUUCGAAAACAGAUAUACCAAUAAAUUGGCCAGAAUUUAUUUUGUCAAAUCUUACAAACGUAAGUAUAUUCUUACCAAAAGGUUAUAAAGAUGAAAGUAUUUUUAAUGAUCAAACUUUAGUUACAUUGUUGGGAAAUGAAGAAUUUGUAAGAUUGAUAAGGUCGAUCAACUUUACUGAAGAUCAUACUUUCACUGCGAUUGAUAAGUUGAAGAAAGAUUUAUUUCCAAAUGAUCAAAUAUUAAAUGUAUGGCUUAGAUAUUUAUCUUUUGAAAUUCCUGACUCGGUUGACUCCAAUAUCAAAGAUGCACUAGUUGACAACUUAAAUUUAAUUAAACUUUCAAUAGCUUGGUUAUUAGUAAACUUAACAUGGAACUCUACAGUAUUUGGAUACGACAUUCAAAAUUAUACUGAUUAUGAAGUUUAUCAAACAGUUGAUACAUCUAUGAGAGUCAAAAAGAAUGGACUUUCAAAGUAUGAUUUAGAUAAUCCAAUUGAGGAAGAGUCAGGUAAUGAUGAUGAAUUAACAGUAUAUGAUAGAGCAAGAAGAUUAGAUGAUUUUGGUUUCACUAAAGCCAUUUAUGAAGUAUUACAAAAUGUUGUUAAGAAUUCAUUUAAACCUGAAAAUAAAAUUGUUAAUACCAAAGUGAAAACAAGUAAUGAACAUGAUGUUUUUGAAAAAUUAAAAUCAGCAUUACAUCAAAUUAAUUAUCUAACUAAAAAGAGAAACAUUAAUGAAGAUGGAUUUAAUAUUCCUUCUCAAAAUGCUGAUGCGAAAAGUUCAAAAAAUUUGAGUCCCAAUCAUAAUGAAAUUGAUAUAAUCAAUGCCUUAAAUACUAAUUCAGACAAUAAUAUUCCUAUAAAUAAUGAAGAUGACGAAGAAAAAAACGUUUCUGAUGAUGAAUUAAGAUAUGAAAGAUCAAGAAGAAGAGACGCUAUUGAUUCAGAGGAUGAUUCACAAUCUAGAAAUACAAGUAGUCAUGUAGAUGAAGAAGGUGAUGAGGCAAUGUUAGAUAGGUCAAAUGAAGUGAUUGAUGAUGAUGAUAUGGAAGAAGAUGAAGAAGAAGAAGACGAUGAUGAUGAUGAUGAAGAUGCUGAAGAGGAGGGUUUAACUCAUUCGCCAGCUAAUGAUAGUGAUGGGUCUGAUGAUGAUGAUUUACCACAUGAAUAUUGGGUUAUGUAA